AUGAAGAGAAAACCAGCUUGUGAUGGAUGCUAUAAGAGAAAGUGUGAUUCUCCGGAUCCAGGGGUCGUGCCUUGUAACUGGUGUCUUCAUCACGAUCUUUCUUGCACCCUUCAGAGAGUGAGGGGACGUAAAGCGACAUCUGCUAGAGACAAGCGCUGCAUUGGAGGUUCGCGACCCCUACGGCCUGCCACGACAACCCAACCUCUCAAGACUGUUUCUUCUUCUUCAUCUAUCAGAGCAACCAGUGAGGCGCCUCACCAUACUACUCCCGCAACGCCUUUAGGAUCACCGUCUUGCAGUGGUGGAGUCAAUGAUCCUCCAUCUUUCUUGGAUAAGACGCGAGCUGAGUAUUAUGUGCCAAUCUAUCUUGAUGGGGUUCACAUAGGGAAAGCUACUCCCGGGAACCGUGCCAUCGAUUUAUCUGAGGAUGGACGCAAAUGGAUUCAAUCUCAUACCGGCGAGUCUGUGUCGUCUAUUCUCUUUGAAACAACCGAUGAAGUCCCACGGUCAUCUUUGCCCCAUGAAGAUGCCGACAGCAUGUCGAAAAACCUGGAGAAGCCGCUACCCCCUAGAGACAUGGUGGAAGGAAUCCUCGGGGUCUUUGCUUCCUCGGCUGGGCCCUUAAUAUUCCCAAUGAUCGAUCCGAUUCUUUUUAAAGAGACCUUGGACUUGGCAUACCAGGUUCCGGGAAUGACACCAGAACAUGUGAGAUGGGGUGCACAGGCUUGUGUGUGGGCAUUCGUUGCUAUUAUCUAUCUUUUCAGAGGCCGUCUUGGGAUCCAGCCACCCGUGGAUGGUGAUAUGUGUGCCGACACUGCUCAGAGUUUAUUGGUCGCCACAUCUAAAGACGUCAACCUUGCGACGCUUCAAACUAGUCUUCUGCUUCACCUAUAUCGAAUUUCCUGUUCGCGUUUGAAAGAUGUUUUAAUCCUAGGAUCAAUUUCAUGCCGAUCUGUGUAUGCUCUUGGGGCACACAAGUAUUAUAGAAUUGGACCGGAUACACCAGGGAUGGCCAUUCAAGAACGAUAUCACCGUCAGCUUCGCAUUUUGUUCUGGGUAUCGUUUAUUUUUGAUAAGGACACGGCAAUACGCACAGGCAACCCGCCACAAUUGACCAACGAUGAUUGUGACCUUACCAUGCCAGACAAUUAUGAGAGUGUAUACUCCGUGUUACCGGACUUAGAGGUUGACUUGAGGUCGCAGCCCUGGAACAAAGGGAGAUUGGUACCGCAUUACACUAGUGACCCUCAGCUCAGCUGCCUCAAAUAUCGGGUUUAUAAUUCACUUUAUGCUCCCGAUAGAUCAACCAAGUCCGAUACCCAGCUCUUACAUGAUAUGAGAGUUUUGGACGAUGAGAUCGAGACGUGGAGAAUGUCAUUACCCGAACGCUUCCGACCGGCACUUUUCAUCUCAGAAAACAGAAACCAGCAUAUUACCGGAGAGAUGAAGUUACUCGGAAAUAUGCGGCAUGUUCAUCUGCAGUUGGAGUACCAUCAUUUAAUGGCAUUGAUUCAUCGUGCAAGUGAACGAUACCCCAAGAAUGCGUCCUUGGGGUCGCCUUCAUCUGAAAGUUCUCAGAGUCAUACUGCUGUGAAGACAAGUAGAGACAUCUCAGUCGGAGCAAGUCGAUCUACAUUAUUUUACUUAAAGGCCGCCGUCAAAAGUUUAGCGGAGGAAUCAUUCUGGGCAUUAAUGAUAUACCCUUCAAGCGCCGUCAUGACUAUAUUCUUUAAUAUUUUGAGGCACCCUCUAGAUCCACAGACUAAAUUGGAUCUUGAGAUGCUCAAAGCGGCGACCCUUUCCUUUACCCAAUUUCAUUCGCGAAGUCUGAUGAGGAGGGGCAACAAGAAUGAGUUGGUCUUGCAUGGCGCGGCGGCCGAGAUGUUACGGCUUGCGGAGUGCGCAGUGGCAAAGGCAGAGAGAGAAAAUGGAAAUCAUGGCUCAGACAUUUGGCCUUGA